AUGGUUGACUGGGUACCCGAGCUUUCACCUAGAGCUAGGCCUUGCAGCCGGGCUUUUGAUUGCGGCAAGUGCUGGAGCUGGGCCAAAAGGUGUCGGCCUGUAGGCUUAGGCAAGUUCAUUCCAAGUCUUGAGCUGAUACCGUUCGUUAUUGUUGGGAGGUACAUUGUGCGUGUCCUUCAAAGAGUCUUUCAUGGAGCCUGCCGUUCGGCAAGUAGAGAGGCUAGGCCUUUAAAGCUACAUCAUUAUGAAGUUUCGUGGAGCCAGGCCAUUGUGAGGCUGGGCCAUUCCGCAAGUGGGUACUUGGGCUUAGGAGGCCAGCUUGAGGUGGUUGAGCUAAUAGUGUCGUGUUGCUGGGGCAGAGUCGGCAAGAGCUGUGCGGUGGUGGCCGGGCCCUUGGAGCUGGGUCUUCGGCAGGCGCUGAACUUUGGCAAAGCUGGGAGCUGGUGCUGGGACCGUGACUGUCACCAAGGCAUCAGCAAGAGUGGAGCUAUUUUGGUAGCACAGCUUCGGGUCCGCACGGUUUCAGCAGGUAUCCUCUUGAUCUUGGAGUUGGAAACGGAGCUGAACACGUUGGGUUUCGUGAGUGGAGCUGGGUCUUUGGGAGGAAACAGCAGUUGA